AGAAGAUAUCUCUGCUUCAUUUUAUUUCAUCCUUUUUCUGUUGUGAUUAAUUCUUCCAUCGCAGAAAAAAAAAUGUCUUCUUCAGGUUCCGACAAAGAGAGAGAGACCUUCGUUUACUUGGCCAAGCUCUCCGAACAAGCCGAACGAUAUGACGAGAUGGUGGAGACGAUGAAGAAGGUGGCUCGGCUGAACAGCGAGAUGUCCGUAGAGGAGAGGAACCUUUUAUCUGUCGGAUACAAGAACGUGAUCGGGGCGAGACGUGCGUCGUGGAGGAUAAUGUCGUCCAUCGAGCAGAAGGAGGAAUCCAAAGGCAACGAAUCUAACGUAAAGAUCAUCAAAGGGUACCGUCAGAAGGUCGAGGAAGAACUCUCCAAGAUCUGCGAGGACAUCCUCGGAAUCAUCGAUCAGAAUCUCGUCCCACAUGCUUCAUCCGGCGAAGCCACUGUAUUCUACUACAAGAUGAAAGGAGACUAUUGCCGGUAUCUGGCCGAGUUCAAGACUGAGGCCGAGAGGAAAGAAGCCGCCGAGCAAUCUCUCAAAGGCUACGAGGCUGCAACUCAAGCUGCAAGCACAGAGCUCCCUUCGACCCACCCGAUCCGUCUCGGCCUCGCCCUCAACUUUUCCGUAUUCUACUACGAGAUCAUGAACUCCCCCGAAAGAGCUUGCCACUUGGCGAAGCAAGCGUUCGAUGAGGCCAUCGCUGAGUUGGAUACGCUAAGCGAGGAAUCGUAUAAAGACAGCACGUUGAUCAUGCAGCUUCUGAGAGACAACCUCACUCUCUGGACCUCCGACCUGCCUGAAGACGGAGGUGAUGAUAACAUCAAGCAAGAAGAGCAGAAGCCUGCAGAAGCUGCAGAGGGAAUUCAACAUUGAAAUGGGCACAAGAUUUUCACCCUUUUUUCUUUCUCGUCUGAUUAAAUUUUUUGUUUUUACAAAAGUUUUUCUGAAGUUCGAUGAAAUAUUGAGUUCGACCCAGAAGAAGACAGAGGCCAGUUUCUACGUUCGUUUUUUUUGUCUGUGUUUGAUAUCGGGUGCUUAUGUUAUGUAUACAUACAUAUAUAUAUAUAUAUAUAUAUUG